AUGAUAUCCAACAUGAGCACACUGACAACAUUCUUCCUCACGGGCAUUCCGCACACACUGGAACUGGACACCACGCUCUUUGGCCUCUUCCUCCUGAUUUACGUGCUCACUGUGCUGGGGAACCUCCUCAUCCUGCUGGUGAUCUGGGUGGAUCCCCACCUCCACACUCCCAUGUACUACUUCCUCACAAAUCUGUCCUUCAUUGACAUGUGGUUCUCCACUGUCACUGUGCCCAAAAUGUUGAUGACCUUGAUGUCCCCAAGUGGCGGGGCUAUCUCUUUCCACAGCUGCAUGGCCCAGCUCUACUCCUUCCAUUUCCUGGGGAGCACCGAGUGUUUCCUGUACACGGUCAUGUCCUAUGAUCGUUACCUGGCCAUCAGUUACCCCCUCAGAUACAGCAGCCUGAUGAGUGAGAGAACAUGCACCUUCCUAGCCGCUGGCACCUGGCUCAGUGGUUCACUGCACUCUGCUGUCCAGACCACUUUGACCUUCCGUUUGCCCUACUGUGGACCCAACCAGAUCCAGCAUUACUUCUGUGAUGCCCCGCCCAUCCUCAAGCUGGCCUGUGCAGACACCUCUGUCAAUGAGAUGGUGAUCUUUGUCAACAUUGGUGUGGUGGCUUCUGGCUGCUUCCUCCUGAUAACACUGUCCUAUGUGUCUAUUGUCUGCUCCAUCCUGAGGAUCCGCAGCUCAGAAGGGAGACACAGAGCCUUUCAGACCUGUGCCUCCCACUGCAUUGUGGUCCUUUGUUUCUUUGGUCCUGGUCUCUUCAUCUACCUGAGACCCAGCUCCAAGGACGCUGUGGAUGGAGUUGUUGCUGUUUUCUACACUGUGCUGACUCCCAUGCUCAACCCUGCUGUCUACACCCUGAGGAACAAGGAGGUGAAGAAAGCGCUAUUGAAACUAAAAACUGCAUCAGUGUUCACUCAGGAUCGAUAA